AACCCCUCCAACUGAGAAAAUAUCUCACUUCAUCAUGCGUUGAAACGAAUCUCUUUCUCUCUUGAGAAGCCAUUAAAACAUACUGACUUUCAACUGUCAAUUAACUGUACGCACGGCGACGGAGUCAAAAUUUUUACUAUUAGGAUUCUGAAUAUAAAGAGGAGUUUCGACUGAUGUUUUUUAUUCUUCACUGAGAAUGCUUUGUUUGAGGUAUUCUUCGGUAAUUUUUACUACUAGAAGGCAGGAAAUAAUCCAACUCCCCAAGAACUAUAAUCGUAACAUUGUGGUGUGCGAAGCUAAAGGUCCACGACCAAGGUAUCCUCGAGUGUGGAAAACUAAAAGGAAAAUAGGGACCAUUUCCAAGUCGGUGAAGCUUGUUGAGUGUAUAAAGGGAUUAUCAAAUGUAAAGGAAGAAGUCUACGGAGCUCUUGAUUCUUUCAUUGCAUGGGAACUGGAGUUCCCUUUGAUUACAGUGAAGAAAGCAUUAAAAAUUCUUGAAAAUGACAAGGAGUGGAAAAGGAUAAUUCAGGUGACCAAGUGGAUGUUGAGUAAGGGUCAAGGGAGAACAAUGGGAAGCUAUUUCACGUUGUUAAAUGCCUUGGCUGAGGAUGGAAGACUUGAGGAAGCUGAAGAGCUUUGGCUGAAACUAUUCUCUCAGAAUUUGGAAAGCAUGCCUCGUAUUUUCUUUCAGAAAAUGAUAGCCAUAUACUAUCAGAGAGAGAUGAAUGAGAAGAUGUUUGAGAUAUUUGCAGACAUGGAAGAACUUGGUAUUAGGCCGACUGUGCCAGUUGUCACAAUGGUGGGAAAUGUUUUUCAGAAACUUGGAAUGUUGGACAAGUACCAGAAAUUGAAUAAGAAAUAUCCACCUCCAAAGUGGGAAUAUCGAUACAUAAAAGGAAAGAGGGUCAAAAUAAGAACAAAAGAUCUCGAUAAAUCUCACAAUCAUGGUGUUGUAAACAAGUCUGAAGAGGUGGAUGAGUCAGAGUUCGACGAGAACUCACAAGAUCAAGCAGAUGAAGUUGAUGAAGAUUGUGUUGAGCAACUCAAAGAACUUGAUGAGUGUGAACCUGGUGAAAUAUCAACUGUACCUAGUGAAACAAGGGAAUCCUCUGUGUCAACUUAAUGAUUUAAAUGCCUAUAAAUUUCUCAUUGUUCCGACA